AUGGCGGCCCGUUCAACUGUGGGUGAUUCACCCUUUGUGUUUCGAAUUUCACACGACGAACUGGUGGCCUAUGCUGACGAACUAGACAGAAAAAACGAAAAAAAGAAUUCAAAAAAGAUAAAUCACGGAAAAUAUGAAGAAAAGGAUUCCAAACCGAAGAAAUUCGAUAGGAAAACUGACGUCAGCAAGAAUGCUUCUCACUCCAAAGCCGAAAUGGAAGAAAGUUUUGGGGGAAAAGAAACCAAGUUUAAUCACGAAAAGGAUAGCGAGGGUCUCAAGAAAACAAAAACUGAAAAAAGGAAAGAUAAAAGAAAAUCGCCAUCGUCCAAAUCUCGGCAUAAUUCCUCCUCAAACACAGAGGAUGAUGUCGAUCCAAAGGAGAAAUGUCCGGUUACUAAUAGCGACCAAAUUGGAGUGAAUGAAACAGGAAAGGCUACGAGAAAGCGUCGUGGAAAUGUAGGCAAAGCAACCAAAGCUGAGGAUGAAAAAGACAUUGAAAAAUAUGAACUAGAUCUGAGAGCUCGCACUGGUGGUGUUUUGAAGCUUUCUAAAGAACCUUCUUAUGCUGCAGAGGAUUCGCUUAAGGAUGAAAAACCAAGGGGAAUAAUUAAGUUGCCCGAAGGUUUCCAUAUUAAUAGUCACAAUGCAAGUGAAGAGGAAGGUUUCACAUCUGAUAUACCUCCCCGCAAGAGAACUUCAAGCAUGAAUGAUGGCAGUUGCAGAAGCAGUGGCCUUCAUGGUCCUGCUCAUACAGAGAAAUCAGUGUCUCCAAAUAAAGAAGUUCGGUUUAGUGCAGUAAAUGAAAAGAUUACAGUACCUCUAAAAAAGCAUAGCACAGGCACAGGACAAUCUGGAGACAAACAUGCUGAAGUAAACAAUGUUGGCAGUGAUAAAUGUGUGGACAUUCAAAACACUUCAAUUGAGAACAAUGUCAUUUAUGAGACUAAAGCAGAGAAAACACUUAAGUCUAUAAAUCAACAAAGAGCUCAAAGACUGUUAAAAGUUGUGGCACCUAAAGGGGCGCAGCUGAUUCAUUUGUUAUCUCGUGGGACACUUGACAAGGCAGCUUUUCCAAAAAUUUGUAGCCUAAGUAAAGAGAUACAAGACACUUACAAAGGGAUUAUGAUGCUUGAUAUUGGCCUGGCUACUCAACUAGAGAUUGAUCAAAACCUUUGGAAGAGUGCAUUUUAUAAGGUUAUUGAAACACUGAGGAAGUAUGGGAAACUCUUUUUGGGAUAUGAAGAAAAAUCAGAUGUACUCUCUCCUAAGGAAAUAAAUAACUGUUUGAAGGAAUUCUUGAAAGAUGCAGAGACAUUUUAUAAAAGUCUUCUGGAAUUGUUACAGAAAGAGCAUGAUUUCUCAAUUCAGGAUAUUGUCAGUCAACCAAGGAAGGCAGAAAAACUUGGGAAGAAUGCUAAACUUGCUCUUAUGAGCUCACAGCACAUUUUGAUUUCCCUUGGAGACAUAGAAAGAUAUCAAGUGCAAUUUCAGCCCCGACCAAACUGGGCGUCCAUCAGAUCAUGGUAUCUUAAAGCAAGCAAACUGGCUCCAAAGAAUGGUAAACCUUACAAUCAGCUUGGCGUAAUUGCUGUGUCAGCCAAUCGCAAGCUAGACUCUGUCUAUUACUACAUAAGGAGCCUAGCUGUGAGUAAUCCAAUUUUGACAGCAAGGGAAAAGCUGACAGCCAUUUUUUAUGAUAUCCAACUGAAGGCAGACAGAAUCCAAAGAAAUGAGGAUCAAAGGAAGACUCAUUCGGAACAGCAAAUCCAUCAGAAAAGAGAGAAGAGGCGAUCCUCAUUUGGAGAGGGCACCAAGGCUGUUGAGCUAAAAUCUGAUCAUAAAUCAUCUCAUGGCAGGCAUGAGGUGUGGAUCUUCAUGUGCCAAGGAAAAUACAGAAGAGUAGUGGUCACUGACCAUGGUAAAGUACAAGAAGUUAAUUCAAGAGGAGAACCCAUCCUGGAAGGACAAACUGAGGAGCAUUCUACAGACCCUGUAAAAGAAUCACAAAAGAUUUCUCUUCAAGAGGUCAACAAGAAGUUCAUGCUCCACUAUCUUUGUGCCCAUGGUCUUUUGUACUCAAGAAUUGGUAUGGAAAGGUUGCCUACAUUACAGUACCAACUCCUGGGUGAGUUCCAUACUUUGCUGGAGUACCCAUCUUGUUCUGCAAUAAGCAGGUCUAACCUUCUACAAAUGAUGGCCAUCAACAUGUUUGCUAUUGAACACACUUCAAGCCAGGAUGCAGCAGAACCUUAUGUCAGAGUGGGCACACCUCAAGACCAAGCUAUGAACCUUGCUGUUGAGAUGUUCAUCAUGCUGCUCAAGGCCUGCUGUGCCCUGCUGCUGAAAAUAGACUUUGAAGCAAGAAACACCCAUGAAAGCCUCAGUGACACCCUUCAUCAGUUCCUACCCUCAGUCAAAGUGUUUGCAGAUUGGGUGGUCUGUCAUGUUGACCUGUGGCAAGUCUCCUCUAUAAGCACUCACAGAAGUCUUUGGGAAUCAGUGAGUCAGUUCACAAAUGCCAUAUCUUAUGUGGAUAUUGAUGACCUUCAUGAUGAUGAUGCUAAUGAGAUGGUAACCUUGAUGGAGGAUGAAUUUCUUGCUGGAUUUAAGCCAUUGAACACAGCAGUGAGACCAAUGUGUAAAAUUCCAGAUGCAAACAGUAAGAAUCUUGCUGAAGAUUAUUUGCGAUGCCAUAGUCUAAAAGAGUUUGCUGCAUUUUUGGUCUCGCUGGAGCAUCCACCACUGGAGUUUGAUAAUGACAAAGGAGAAUUCUCAGCAGUGCUUAAAAGUACACCAGUGUCACCAGUGAAGGAGUCACAAGUCAUGGUUCACUUGGACACAUCACAACAAAAUGAACAUGAGGACUCAGAUGAGGAUGCUGAUGUUAUCAUUGAGAGUGAAGAGGAGCAGCUGGACUCAGGUGAUGAGGUGGAAAAAGACCUGAAGGAACUCAAGGCCAAAAAAGAUGCCUUGAAAAAGCAAAUGGAAGUUCACAAGCAGAGAGAGGAUAAGGCAAAGGCAGUGAUAGAGGAACACAUUUCUAAGCCACGUCUAAUGUUUGAGAACUACCCAACAUACUUGGUACCAGACACUAACUGCUUUGUGAAUCAUUUGGAAGGGGUCAAGGCCAUUGUGGCCAGUCAGGAUUUCACUCUAGUUGUGCCACUCAUUGUAAUUAAUGAGCUUGAUGGUCUGAAGAAAGAUGUCCUCCUUGAUAAAUGCGAUGAUUUACAGCAUGCUCAUUAUGUCAUGGAGAAUGCCAGAUCUGCAAUUCAUUUUCUUGAGUCUGAGUUUAGCCAGAGAAAUCCUCAGGUUAAAACAGUGACCAGCAAAGGAACAGAGUUGGAUACAAUUCAAUUUAGAAGCGAGGAUCCUUCUGGAAGAAAGGGCAAAGGAUGCAAUGAUGAUGUUAUUCUCUCCUGCUGUUUACACUACUGUGAAGAGAACUUUAUCAACCGGUUGGCCACAGCAAAUCAACCAAUAACAAUUCAGAGGAAAGUAGUUUUGCUGACAGAUGACCGGAACCUAAGAGUGAAGGCUUACACCAGGAAUGUCCCUGUACUUACAAUACCACAGUUCAGACAAAUGGCUAGGCUGUAACAAGCAAUGAAUGGGGUUAUGUUUCAGGCUAAAGCCUCAAAAAUAUCAUGACCUCUGGUUGGUAUUGUAUCAAGACCUGACACAGAUCUACCUGCAAGGAGAGUUAGAAGAUGCUAAUGAACUCAUCACUGCAAAGCUGAAUGAGGUGCUCAUCACAACUUUCUCAUCCAGCCCCAAGCACCUAUAAAUAACACAUCAUUCAUGACUGUUUUGAUAUGUUAAGUUUGAAACAAAUAAAAUGCUCUUGGU